AUGCCUUCCCAAGUACCGGUCUCUUCGGCUCCACCCGUCAUCGAGCCUGAAAAGCUCCGAAGAGACGUCGACCAUGCUGCUUCCAUUGAUGACCUGAGAAUUGCCCUCCACCAAGUCAAAAUGGCCCGCUUCUCUGUCGACACAUCUCUCCAACGUUACGUCUCCACUACAUCUCUUGCCCAUUCAAACGAAUCCCGCAAACUCAACAAGCUCAAGGCCCAGCUUGGGUCCGCUUUAUCAACUUCUCACGACCUCCUUUCCACUUUGUCUUCAGCUGCUUUUGUAGCUUCUUCUCUAGCUGUCAAAGUCCGUAGUCUUGAUCUUGAACAGUCCCGAGUCAAACUUUCUCUCCAGUACGUCACAGACGUCAUCGAACUUAAAAAGGCUGUCCAAGGUGUCCAUGCUGCAAUGGAUGUCCGCGAUUGGGAACGUGCCGCAGCAUUUAUUCAUAAAACUCAACAACUUCCUCCUGCUCUUGUCAAAGGUGACUUUGCCCGAGCAAUGGUCCCCACUGCUGACCUCCCAGAUUUCCCAGAGGAAACCCUUGCAGAAGCAUCUACAGCCUUGGGGACUAUUUUCCUACGCGAGUUUAGCAAGGCUGCCGCUGAGAAAAACAUGGAGACUCUCACUCGUUACUUUAAAUUGCUCCCACUUAUUGGUAAAGAAAAGGAAGGUCUUCAAGUCUAUGCAAAGUUCAUUUGUGGCAUCAUCACGGCUCAAUCCCGCCAACGAAUCCAAGCAAGAUCCUCUGCAGAUACACCCAUGUUUUAUGCAAUCGCAGUCACAAGACUUUUUGAAAACAUGGCCACAAUUGUCAACCAACAUGCUCCAAUUGUCGAACGCCAUUACGGUAAAGGCCGUAUGGCCCAGGUCCUUGAAAAAACACAAGACGAGGCAGAUAGCCAAGGAGGCCUCAUCAUUGAUACCCUUUGGGACGAACGUAACAUUCCUCGUACCCUUGCUGAUAUCCAAAACUAUGCAUUCCCCUAUCUUGUCAAUAGCUUUCUCCCAGGAGCCCCGGCUGGAUCUUCGUCUGCAUCAAACAGAACUCAUUCCCCAGGAUUUAGUCCUAAUAGAAAUUCCUCUGACUUUAACCGUGCCACUGCUGACUCGGAAACCGUCGACUUGAAACAUAUUGGUGACCUUAUCCGUGAGCUUUCAGUUAUUCUUAACCGCUGGUCACUUUACCGAAAGUUUCUUGGCUUCAAGUGGACAGAAUACUCAGGCCAAUCCAACUUUUCAACUUCUGGAGAAAUGCUCAUGCCCCAAAUGCUUGUCAAUUGUAACUUUGAAAAAAAGGUUGACUCUAAAAUUGUGCCAGCUUUCCAAUCUUUCUCCACUUUUGCCUUCCGCAGAGCCCUUGAAAAAGCCCUCCAACUGGAAGAAAUGCCAGAUGUUACAUCCGUUUACUCUCCAGAAGCUCCUCUCGCAACUUCUCUUGUUGAAGACUGUAUGUACAUGCUCAAGAUUCUACUCCAGCAAGCUCUUGACACAGGUGAAGUGGCUCUUACAAAAUCAGUUAUUGUUGCUGUCCGUCGCAUCCUAGAAUCUGACUUUAUUGGAGCCAUGCAACGAAAACUCCGUGACGAGGCUCCACGUGCAGUCUCAGCAACAGCAACUUUUAACGCCACAUCAGGUGUCGGCUCAUCAGCUGGAACUCUUGUUUCACGUUUGUCGACGCCUCCACCAGGAAGCAGCGGCAGCGGAUCAGGCGGCGGCAGCGGCGCAGGCGCUGCGGCCAGCGGGCUUGGUGGAGCACAUGGGGCUGCUGGUUCUGGUAUCUCUGGACUCACGGGCCACGAAGAGGUCCGCCUCCACAAUUUCCUAGUGUACCUCAACAAUCUCUACGUGGCAGCAGAAUACACAGCACGCAUUGUACGCGAGGCCAUCUACGAAGACGUGCUUCCGUUUGAAACAGAUGCAGCAGAUGUCCACGACCAGUUGCAGGCGUUUGUACAAAGCUUCAAGCACCGUUGCGACGAGCUAGCAGAGGACGGAAUCCAGGUUGCUUACUCGCAGGUUCUUUCUGCGCGGAUCAGGCACCUGGCCAAUAACCUAUUUAAGGAAAACGAUUACAUGGUGAGCCCCAACCCACGGGACAGUACUACUGGAGUGUCAUCGUCGCCGGUGACUGCAAUCUUUAACAAGGAAUGGGGGGUGAUCAAGAGUGGGUUUGCACGGGUCAUGGCACCGCCUUUGUACGGGAAGCUUCUGGCACAUGCAGCCGGACUGCUUUCACGAACACUGGAGAAGCGUGUGUGGACGCUGGAGGGUCGUGUAAAUGAGCUAGGUGCAAUCCAAUUAGAUCGUGAUGUUUCGCGAAUUGUGGCGACGGUGAGUGCUGGACAGUAUAGUUUGCGCGAGAAGUUUGUACGAGUGGCUCAGAUUGUGAUGAUUGUAGGGCUAGAUGAUGUUGAAGAGGAAGAGGGUGUUGCUUGGGUACUUAACGAUGCGGAACGCCAACGUGCAAGACUGAUUAGAGUGGAAAGAAGGGAGCUUAAUUUCUAA